ACACUUUACUUUGGGGUUUAAAAGUUUUAUAAAAAGUGGGGGGAGGAGCACCUCUCCUCGGCGCUGGCACCAUCUUCUUCUCUCCCUCACGGCACUCACACACCCACGGCUGGGCAGCGGCCUUUGCUUCUCUCCAUACUGCUGCCGCCUACACAACCCCUCACCUCACGGCCAAGCACCCAGCUCCCCUGCAGCCUCACGGCAUUCCCUCCUCCUCCUUGCACAGCCACAGAGCAGCCCCCGCAGCACUCCACGCACAAGGGCAGCGACCACCACAGACGGCAGCAAAGAAGGCAAUCCUCAUCUCUCCGGUAUUGCUCACCAGCUCCGGUGACACAGCAGAGAAGAAAACACAGAAAACGUAGCCGGAGAGACUCAACCACCGUGGCACCACAGCAGCCCCACACCAGCAGAUCCUGCCACACUCCACGGCCAGCGUCCCAACUCCGGCAGCGGCAAUACACAGCAGGGUCAUUAUAGAAUGAAAAUUAAUAUGUGGUAAUAUAUUCACAGAAGAACAGAACGAAUUAGUCGAAUCAGCGGCAGAGAUGCUUUAUGGUUUGAUUCACGUUCGAUACAUUUUGACUACCAAAGGAAUGAAUGCAAUGUUGGCCAAUCAGACAUUCCUCGAUCAAGCACUGUGAAAAUUUACUGCUCCAAAUGCGAAGAUAUUUAUUACCCUCGAUCCAAUUCUCAAGGUGGUAUCCUUUAUUCAGGAUGCUCAACAGCCCUCCCGCCAGCAAGAGUGGUUCAGGCCCUAAAACUCAAUUUAGACCAAAAGGGUUUUCUAUCUAGCCGGUCCAGCCAAACCGAAAUGACCCACCAGCACGGAUGGAGUCGAGGGAGAAUACUGCCAACGUAGGAGGCAAUAGUAGUGUGGGAGCCAGCCAUGAGGCUGGUAGUGUCUCCACAAGCGUACUACGGGAUUUCGCACAGCAGCUUAUGGUCGAGGUGGUGCAAACAAAUAGGGGGCAGAACCGUCCCACAGCUAAGUUGGGAUGCUCCAUCGAUCAAUUCACCCGGCUGAAGCCCCCUAUUCUCAAAGGAAGUGCAGAUCCGAUUCGAGUUGAGAAUUGGAUCCGGGAUAUUGAGAAGGUCCUGGAUGUUCUAAACUGUACAGAGAAGCAAAAUGUAGCUUUUGCAACAUUCAAGUUGACUGGCAAGGCACAGAGGUGGUGGGAGUCCGUAAAGAAACUGGAAGAGCAUCGACCCAUUCCAGUGGUGAUGACAUGGGGCUAUAUUAGGGAGCUAUUCUUUGAGUGGUACUUCCCAACCGCGGUCAGAAAUGCCAAGAUGGAGGAAUUUAUGAGUCUGUCGCAGGGGCUGCUGACAGUUCAGCAGUAUGUUGCCAAGCUCCAGGAGUUGGCACGAUUUGCUCUAUUCAUGGUACCGGAUGAGGCAAUGAUGGCUGUUGUGGGGGUGCGUUGCCACCCAAUGUGCUGCAGUAGCAUGUCAUAUGUCCUGGUUUGCCACAUUGAUAGCAAACCCUCAAACCCAACAAACACUUCCCUGCAUGAGGUUUGCCACAAGAAGGACAACCAGGUACGGACGUGGUACCCUGAGAUGUACCACCUCCAGUCUCUCUCCGUUGACCUUCACCACGACUAUACUUCUUCCAUGCGCCCUGCCUCGGGCCUGAAUAAGAACUAGGAGGCGAUUGAAUAAAAACAUGGAAGUCAAAGUUGGAAAAUAUUUUUGGGAUUUGUAAAAAUUAUGUGAUUUUUCUAACAUUUUGUGUGGAUUUUUGUGAACCUUUCAAACAUUGAAAUGAUACUAAAUAAAAGAAAACUGGUGUUGACCUUAUAGGUCACAUCCGGUUUUGAUUAUGAC